AUGCCCGGCGCUAGCGUCAUGGGCACCACCAAAGAGGUCAAGCUAUCGACCACAAAUGCGGAGCGAGACUUGUACGACUCUCUGGCCGAGAUAUACAGCAUCAUCAUCACGCUUGAUGCGCUAGAGAAGGCAUAUUUGAAGGACUCCAUCACCGAAGUUGACUACACCGGAACAUGCAGCCGUCUGUUGAAGCAGUACAAGUCAAACUUGGCCAACGAGACAGUCGCGCGAUCAUUUGGGGAUCUGGACUCCUUCACGCGGGAGUGGCAGAUGGAAUGCCCACGAGCUGUCGAACGCCUGCGCAUUGGCAUUCCAGCCACCGUUGAACAAGGGCCUUCUCACAAUACUACACAGCAAGGCGACUUCGCUGACGCGACGCUCGUAGUCAAUGCGACCGAGACCUUCAUUACGCUGCUCGAUGCUAUCAAGAUCGGUCUCGUCGAGAAGGAUACACUACACCCUCUGCUAGUUGAGAUUAUACAGGCAGUGAACAAGGUCACUGACAAGGAAUUCGAGAGCAAGGGCAAGAUUGUGCAGUGGCUUAUCUCCUUGAACCAAAUGAGGGCAUCCGAGAAGCUGGACGACGAACAGGCCCGCGAGUUUGAGUUCGACAUGCAUGCUGCUCAUGUUGUCGAGCGCGCCACUUUACAGCUCGGAACUGCCCCGCGAUGCCCAAAGAGCACGGACCAUGUUGGACCCGAGCAGACUUUCUGUGAGUACCUCCAGCGUCAGAACCCCGGUCGCGAUAUUUCCGAUAUCUUUCAGCAUAUCAAUCCCGAAGGUGUCACUCGAUACCUCACCAGCAUAGUGAGCAGCGCCCUACAAUGGAUCGACGACGACGAUACCAAGGAAAAGAUAUGGGAUGAGGCUAGCUCGAGGCUUAGCGAAAGAUCUGGUCGCACGGCAAUGGGUGCCAUAUCUCGCAAGUUUCGGAUACCAACAUUGACCAGCUCUUUUGAGCUCGACAUCCAUGAGCCUGCGCUUACCGGCGACGAUCUCGGCCUGAAGACAUGGGCAGCUUCUUACAUGCUCGCGAAGCGCCUUCAUACAUUCGGCCUACUACCAGUAAGCUCUGAACGGAAAUUGCGAGUGCUCGAGCUAGGUUCUGGGACGGGUCUGGUCGGACUCGCAAUGGCAGGCCUAGGAGCAGAUGUAGUCCUCACAGACUUACCAAACAUACACUCGAACCUGGCCCGAAACGCUAUGGACAAUUCGGCUGUCAUUACGCAAAAUGGCGGUUCGGCUCGCACUGGUAUUCUCGACUGGACCGAACCAACCCUUUGCCAACUCACACCACCUGCUGUACACCAAGGCCAACAUGAAACCAUCACUGACAAGUUUCCUUUGAUACUUGCUGCAGAUUCACUGUAUUCACCAGACCAUCCACAUAUGCUAGUCGACAGCAUUGAGGUGUGGUUGUCAAGUGACAAGCAUGCAAAGGUUGUUGUUGAGUUUCCUUACAGAGAUGCAUACCUUCCGGAGAUCAAGACAUUCCGCGAUCGCAUGGAAAAGAUGGGAUUGAGCAUACAUGAUGAGGGUGAAGAGAAGGGCUACGACGACUGGGGAACGUCGGGCGCGAGUGGUGAAGACGACGAGGACUGUCUUGUGACUUGCUGGUGGUCAGUUUGGGGACGCACUAUGCCUGCCAACAUUUGAGCCAUCAGUCAAGUGUUUUGGACACAGCUUAGAUCCCCAGAAGGGUGUCCUUCCGACUUGGGAUUCGUCAUCGCGAUCGUACCGGGCUUUUACAAUGACAUGUCAAGUUUAUGCCCGCGCAUACCAGCCACUUAGCGCAGUGCGGCUCGAACUUGUUGCCCGAAGCUCUCAGGUCGAGUGGAUUUGUUCAAGAGUCGCGGUGUUGACAAGCGGGAGAUGUUGCAUAACUCAGGAUGCAAGGCAGUGAGAACUUGACAGACCUAGAGUCCAUGCAGGACGUGGGGGAGGCAGUUCCUGGAUGCGAUAGUACAAACGAACAUCAAUUGGCGGUCAGCUUGAAAGCUCCAUUAUGCGG